CUCGGAAGAUGACGUCAUCACGUCCGCAGCCUAGCAGCAGAAUCGACGGCGUAAACAAAGAGCCGCUACGAGCUAAGUGGACGAUGUUUCUUCGGUGAAAUAGUGGCUGUUUCUAUACACUUUUCCAGCAACGUAUCGACGGAGCUCGGCUUCUCGUCGCAGGAUUUUAAGACUCCCUCGUCCGUUGAGUUCCAGAAAAAUUAGCCUACCGUUACUGCUAGCUGCGUUAGCUCUAGGUAGCCUUGGAUAACGGGAUUUUUGUAGUCCUGGGAAUCGUUUUCAAUCGAGUCGGUGUCAUUUAUUAAAGCUGUUUCAUUAUUUUCACUCAUGUCGAGUAAGUAGAGGGCUGCUAACGCUGCUGGCAUGAUGAGUUAGCUCGCAAUGAUGUAGCAACUCGUGACUGACAGGAUCGUUCAUCUGGAUAGCUAGAUAGCCCCCCUUGGAUCGAUGACCACCUAACCAGCUGCUGCGAUCUGGAGGCGGACUGACAUGUUUAGUUUGAUGGCGAACUGUUGCAGCUGGCUGAAACGUUGGCAGGAACCUGCCAGGAAGGUGACCCUGGUGAUGGUGGGUCUGGAUAACGCGGGGAAGACGGCGGCGGUGCGAGGAAUCCAGGGAGAGAAUCCGCAGGACGUGGCUCCCACUGUGGGCUUCUCCAAGGUGGACCUGAAGCAGGGGAAGUUCGAGGUGACCAUCUUCGACCUGGGAGGCGGGAAGCGGAUCCGCGACAUCUGGAAGAACUACUACUCGGAGUCCCACGGCGUGGUGUUCGUGGUGGACUCCAGCGACGUGCAGCGCAUCCAGGAGACGAAGGAGACCAUGGCGCAGGUCCUGCAGCACCCGCGCAUCGCUGGAAAACCCGUCCUGGUACUUGCUAACAAACAAGACCUGGAGGGGGCGCUGGCGGAGGCCGACAUCAUCGAGAACCUGUCGCUGGAGAAACUCGUUAACGAGAACAAGUGUCUCUGUCAGAUCGAACCGUGCUCCGCCAUCUUAGGAUGUGGAAAGAAGGUGGACAAGUCCAUCAAGAAGGGCCUGACCUGGCUCCUCAGCAACAUCGCCAAAGACUACGAGGCGAUUGCUGAGCGCGUGCAGAAGGACAUGGCGGAGCAGCGAGCGCUGGAGGAGCAGGACAAGAAGGAGAGAGCGGAGAGGGUGAGGCGGAUACGAGAGGAGAGGGAACGGCUGGAGCGCGAGGAAGCAGAGCGGGAAGGACGGCCCGUCCAGGAGGACGAGGCUGACGACGGGAACAUGCAGAGCCCCUUCCAACCCAUUGGAGACUUAAUCUCCAAGAGAGAAGAGAUGGAGACGCAGGAGCAGCUAGAGUUAGGAGACAGGAGUAACGGUCCAAAGGAGAAAGAGGAAGAGGAGGAUGAGGAGGACAACGCUGGAGAGCCAAACAACACGAGACAAACAGCAGGAAACACGACGCCUACAGUCAACACCAGCCUGUCGGUCCCAGCAGGCGAGCAGAGCAAGAAGAAGACGAGCAAACUGCACCUGAAGAGGAAGCACCGGGUCGACCCGCUGAGGGCCGACGACGGCCCCACAGAGAGCCCAACGCCGCCGCCGCCACCCGUGGGAUGGGCCACGCCCAAAGUCUCUCGGCUGCCCAAACUCGAGCCGAUCGGGGACUCGGGACAUUCUGAGUUUUACAAGAAACCGCUCCCGCCGCUCGCCAACAGGCCGCGACCUAACGGUGACUCUCAAGAUGUCAUCUCUUAAAGCUCCUUCACUGACCGACUCACUGACUGAGGUCAGCUUUUGACCAAUCACAGCUCUUUUCUGUGCUUUCUGUCCCAAGCGAGCGCUGUGUAGACCACCAAAACCACACCAAUGGGACAACCGCGGGAGCCAGCGGAUUGAGCUGAACAGAGGAGGAAAAUGAAGCAGAGUUUCUUGCGGAACUGUGCACCAAAAAUAGAUUUUUCUAUUAUUGAUCAGUAUUGAAAGUUGGGAGUCAGUGCAUCCAACUAAAACACUUUAAACCAAGAAGCAAUGUAAAUAAAACCUCAUCUAAC